AAGUAAAGCAAAAACCAGUAGUGGGGAGGAUUGGAUCAACAAAGGCACAGCUGAGUGACGAGCGAAAACCAGGAAGCAGCCAAGAGAAUCUCACUUUCUUCAACGCACCCCGCAGCAGACGAGGCCUGCCCGGACAGUUCGUAUUGGAAUUCGGACAGCGCGUGCGGACACGGCGUUGGCGUCGGCUCCGUCGAGACGACUGUCAGGGCCGCUCGGGGCCCGGUUGGCAACAGAGGUGUGCGUCGCAAUUCAGCGACCUUCGAUGGUUUGAUGACCAGCAGCGUCCCGAUGGUCGAACCGAGUGCCGACCUGUGGCAGCAGCUCCCAUUCUCGGCCGCCGAGGAGCCCGAGCUGCAGGAUGAGGCCAAGGAGACCACCGAGAUGGUGAAGGAGGAGGCCCAGCAGGGUCCCAGCAGCUGCUGGCUCGAGCACUUCACCUACAGAGACUACCAGUUGCUGCCCUGUACCUACGUCAUCCGACCCUCGGACAUGAUGGACGACUUCAGCUCACUCGACUCUCACAGCGACUACCAAGGAUUUUUGGAAACAAUGCCACUGAACUACCCUCCAAAGAAAUACCAGAGUCCACGACUUCGGUUGACUGAGAACCCUGAAGAAGAGGAGCUGGUAAAGAUGGCCAAGCGUGUUGGUCUCAUUCAACACCUUCCGACAGGAUCGUAUGAUGGCUGUCGGAAAAACAGAGAGUGUGUGAUAUGCAUGAUGGAGUUCAGCCUGGGUGAGGGCGUGCGCUACCUUCCCUGUAUGCACACGUAUCACAUCGAGUGCAUCAACAGUUGGCUGAUGCGGUCUUUCGUGUGUCCUUCUUGUCUCGAGCCUGUCGACGCAGCCCUUCUCACAAGCUACGAGACAAACUGAACCCAAAAAUAGUGGCAGACAGUCAAAGUGCCCCCCACGGCCCCUUUCUCUCAUGUCCAUGGUCACGUUCUUAGUCUGCGUACGCUCGAGAUGACUCAAUAAUACGCUAUAUUUAUUGUUCCCACUGUUUUUCCUUCUCGACAAAGCAUUCAAUCAGAGGCAGUCAUGGGCCUUUGACUGCUUGGAUCUCUUUUUAGUUAGCACGUUGAAACUAGCUCUGGAGAAUUGAGGCGUACAGGCGUAGAUAGCUGUAACCCCUUCAUGAAAUGCUGCGUACAGACAUUGUGGAUUUAAAUUCAUUUCUGAAUCGGUGCUUGGGUGAAAAAUCGACUCUUCAAUCAACCCUCUUUGAGCUAUUAUCGUCAGAAACGGCACAAUUGUUAAAUUUGUGCCAGGCUUUGAGCAAAUUGUAGCUGCCUUGAUUCUCGUUUUAUUUUCCUUAGAUGUGUAGUCAAGAGGGUAAUGAUUUGAAUUCAUUUCUCGCAGAAAUUUUUUACAAUAACAUGUCUCUAAAUUAAUUUAAGUCAGCAGUUCCCUUUUAGAGAGUAAAUUAUUUUAUUAAUCAUCCAACACGCAAAGUUGGUCGUUUUUACUACUCCCGAGAGCUUGUUAGUUGAAUAAUGCUCAACCGCGUAGAUCCUUCCUAAUUUGUGUCAGCUUUUCGCCAUUGCCAUGAUGAAACUGCAAUAACUCUAAACGGAUGAUACUUUUUGUAAGUUGGCAGUAGUAUUCUCUGGGUUUCCUUCCACAUUGGACUCGCAGUCCAUUGCGAAGAGGAAACUCGAGUUGCAGAUAUUUUAGAUCGAAGCCUAGAUAUUCCCCUUGAACCAGCUUUGCAGCUCCGGAAACAAUGCGCCUGCAAGGAUUGUUGUGAUACACUCAAUGUUAUCUAUCUAGCGUGUAAGAGACUACUAGUAUAAUUACGUUAUUGGUGUAAACCUCUAAUUUAUGUCUACGUGAAACAAUAACUUCCUUGUUUGCAGACAUGAUUACUUUUCUCCUAGAUCAAAUUGUUGUUGCCUAGAAUUGGAUAUAAUGCGAUGAUAUUUUACCCUUUUCUGGCUUGUACCCAAUACGAAAGAAAGGAACUCUUUCUAAUUUACUCUCUCUGCCAAAAAUCUUCCUUUUUGUAAUGAUUAGAAAUGGUGAUAAAUUGAUGCAGAAUAAUAAUAAAAAAUAUUUUCUGAUUUAGCUGAA